UUUUAAAUAUGUCAAACCAAAAAUUGACGUGAAUGGAGGACGUGUGUCUGUGAAUACUGAGUACGACGGCAAAGUCGUUUUAAUUCGGCUACUUAAAAUUAGUGCAUUGAUUACGUUUCACAUGAUAGAAUUUACCAAAAGCAAGCAAUCAAAACCGUAUAUAAAAGACAUUCUGACUUAAUAACAGUGCAAACAUCGCAAUGGGUAAAGCUAAGAAGGGAAAGAAACUGCAGAAUGCCGAGGAAGGCGACAGCGACGUGGAAACCACUAACAUCGAGAGCAUGAAACCUUCGCAAACUAAAGGGAAGAAAAUUGCGGUAGAUUCAGAUGAGAGUGAAGAUGAGAAGCCUAAAGGUAAAGCAAAGCACAAGAAGUCGGUAGACGAAGAUGUCAAGGAAGUCACAAAGAACAUUAAAAAUGUUUCAAUAUCUAAGAAGUCUCAAAAGAAAAAGGCUGAAGCCAGCAGUGAAGAUGAGUCUGAUGAUGAACCACCACCAAAAUCAGGCAAAGGAAAGAAGGCAGCAGAUAAAAGUGCUUUCUCCUUCUUGGAAAUAGAGGAUUCGGCGGAAUCAUUACCUGAUGCUGCUAUUUCUUCCGAAGAUGACAAACCUCAGAAGCCACAGAAAAAGGCUCAAGAAAAAAAAGAACCCGCCGGCAAGAAAGGUAAAAAAGCCAAAAGGAAGAAGGACGAUAGUGAUGAUGAUUUAGAAAAGGUACUUGCUGAACUAGAAAUGGAAUAUGCUGGAGUUAAGAAGGAACCUACACCACCUGCUGAAGGAGAAAAACCGGCUGAGCCUGUUGAAGAGAAACCAAAAUCCAAGAAAAAGGGUAAAAAAGAGGAAACUAAAGUAGAACCUGAAGAAGAAAAAGAAGGGAGUGAUAAUGAACUUGAUGUUACAAUCAAGACGGCUGCUCAGAAAAAGAAGGAAAAAAAAGAAAGGGAAAAGCAGAAAAAACUAGAAGCCAAAAAAAAGGAACCAGAAGGCAAGAAAGAAGAGCCUAAAGCGGAAGUUGAAAAGAAGGAAGAAGCUAAGGCCGAGGAACCAGCUAAGGCACCGUCUGAGGGAAAAGAAGGAGACACCCCUGCUACAGAAGGUAAGAAGAAAAAGAAAGGUAAAGGCAAAGAUGAAAAGGAGGAAAAAGAUGAUAAAGGUAAAAAGGGGCCUGCGAAAAAAACUAUUGCUGCUAUGCAGGAAGCUCUUAAGAAAAUCAAAGAAGAGGAGGAACGUUUAAAGAAAGAAGAAGAAGAGAGGAUAAAGCAGGAGGAAGAGCGUGAGCAGCAAAGACUAGAAGCUAUUAGAUUAGAAAAAGAACGCAAGGAAAGAAAGAAACAGAAGGAAAAGGAUCGCAAGGAGCGUCUUAAAGCCGAAGGGAAACUGCUGACACCUAAACAGAAAGCAGAGAAAGCUAGAGCUCAAGCUAUGCUGGAGUCUCUCAAAGCACAAGGUAUAGAAGUAGGCGGGUCUGAAAAGAAACCACCAAGGCCUGGCACGAGGGUCAAACCUACGAAGCUCAAGAGUCAGAUGUCGCAGGACACUCCAACACCGCAGGAGGAAAAGAAAGUUGAAUUGGAGAUUGUAGAUAAAAAGGAGGAACCCAAAAAGCAGGAAAAGAAAGAGGAAGAGGAAGGCAUCAAGGACUCUUGGGACGCGGAGUCCUCCGAAGAGGAACCGGAGCCCGAGCCGCAGCCCGAGGCCGCCAAGCCAGCCCCCGCCAAGGAAAAAACACCCGCAAAGAAAGUGGAAGAAGACAGCUUUUCUGAGGAAGAAGACAGUUCAGAUGAAGACUCCAGUUCUGAAGAGGAUUCAGAUGAUGAAGGGAUGACCGAUGCUCAGAAAAAGAGGGAGCUCAUCUUGAAGAGAUUAGAGAAACGGAAAGAAGAGAACGAGUUAAACAAACAGAAUAACCCUCUCCGCGCAGCCGUGGUCUGCGUACUCGGCCACGUCGACACCGGGAAGACGAAAAUUCUGGACAAACUUCGCCGAACCAACGUCCAAGAUGGCGAAGCUGGCGGUAUCACGCAACAAAUAGGCGCUACUAAUGUGCCUAUUGAGAAUAUUAAGGAGCAAACGAGACACGUUAAAGGGGUCAACGAGAUUGCCUUCAAACUUCCCGGCCUGCUCAUCAUAGACACGCCCGGCCACGAGUCCUUCAGCAAUCUGAGGAACAGAGGCUCUUCUCUCUGCGAUAUUGCUAUUCUUGUGGUCGACAUUAUGCACGGUCUAGAGCCCCAAACAAUAGAGUCCAUAAACCUACUGAAACAAAAGAAGACUCCCUUCAUAGUAGCCCUCAAUAAAAUAGAUCGUCUAUACGACUGGCAAAGUGCUCAACGUAAAGACGUUCGAGAUAUAUUGAAAAUGCAGGCAACCAACACACAGAUCGAGUUUGAGAAGCGAAGCAAGGAUGUUAUGCUGCAGUUUUCUGAACAGGGUCUAAACGCGGCGCUGUUCUACGAAAACCCAGACCCCCGUUCUUAUGUUUCCUUGGUCCCUACUUCAGCUGUGACGGGCGAGGGUAUGGGCAACCUUCUGGCGAUGAUAGUGCAAGCUUGCGAAGGCCCCUUGCAUAAGAGACUAGUGUUCUCACAGCAGCUGUUAGCCACAGUGCUUGAGGUGAAAGCGAUCCCGGGUCUCGGAACGACGAUCGACACGAUUCUCAUUAACGGAACCCUUCGGGAAGGCGAUACUAUGGUUCUCGCGGGCACAGACGGUCCUAUUGUGACGCAGAUCCGAUCGCUACUAAUGCCGCAACCUAUGAAGGAACUGAGAGUCAAGAACGCGUAUUUGGAGUACAAGGAGGUGGUGGGCGCGCAGGGGGUUAAAAUAGCCGCCAAGGAGCUUGAGAAGGCCAUCGCGGGGUUGAAUCUGCUCGUGGCACAGAAACCGGAUGAGAUCGACGUUUUGAAAGAAGAAGUAGCGCGCGAACUGAAAUCCGCUCUAUCGUCGAUAAAGCUGUCUGAGCGAGGCGUGUAUGUACAAGCCUCCACUCUCGGCUCGCUAGAGGCGCUGCUAGAGUUCUUAAGGACCAGCAAGAUACCUUACUCGGCCAUCAGAAUAGGACCGGUGGUAAAGCGUGACGUCAUGAAGGCAUCCGCCAUGUUGGAACACGACUCACAGUGGGCGACCAUUCUGGCUUUCGAUGUUAAGAUCGAACGCGACGCACAAGAAAUGGCGGACAACCUCGGCGUGAAGAUAUUCGCCGCCGACAUAAUUUACCACCUGUUCGACAAAUUCAUAUCUUAUAGGGAAGAACUGAAACAGAAAAAGAGAGAAGAGUUCAAGCAUAUAGCUGUGUUCCCGUGCAAAAUGAGGGUAUUGCCGCAGUUCGUGUUCAACUCGCGCGACCCCAUCGUGUGCGGGGUGAUGAUCGAGGCGGGCAUCGUUAAGGAGGGGACCCCGAUCUGCGUUCCCAGCCAAGAGUUCGUGGAGCUGGGCAUAGUGACAUCUAUAGAAAGCAACCACAAGCAAGUAGAAACGGCGCGGAAAGGCCAAGAAGUCUGCAUCAAGAUCGAGCCCAUACCCGGCGAGUCGCCCAAAAUGUUCGGCCGGCACUUCGACGAGACCGACAUGCUAGUCAGCAAGAUUUCGCGCGCGAGCAUCGACGCCUGCAAGGACUAUUUCCGCGACGACCUCAUCAAGACCGACUGGCAGCUCAUGGUGGAGCUCAAGAAGCUCUUCCAGAUCCUCUAGACCUUCAAGAGCUCACA